AUGCAAAUACCGUAUUUUUUUGCCGGCGAUAGCGCAUUUGCUUUAAGCGAAAAUCUCAUGAAGCCCUAUACUGGGGACUUUCCAAAAGGAACUCCUCAACGAAUUUUCAAUUAUCGUUUGAGUAGGGGUCGUCGCAUAGUUGAAAACGCAUUCGGUAUAUCAAGUGCAGUGUUUAGGGUGUUAAGAAAACCAAUGCUCUUAGAGCCUGCAAAAGCAGAGUGGGUUAUAAUGACAGUCAUUCUUUUGCAUAAUUAUCUCAGAAAACACUCACCAAAUAUUUAUACCCCUCUUGGCACAUUAGACUAUGAAGUUAAUGGAAAUUUAACUGAGGGAUCAUGGAGAAAUGAAGGAGAUAUGACGUCUAUGGUACCUAUACGAAAUAUUCCUCGAAGACCCACAAACUAUUGUACAAAAGUUAGAGAUGAAAUCGCUAAUUAUUUUAUAAAUAAUGGAGCUCUAGAAUGGCAGGACCAAUAUGCUUGAAUUUAUAACAAUAAUUACUUACCGUAGCAAGUCUUUUUCGUGGUAAAUCUCUGUCUUCUAAAAACCUAAACGCUUCAUAGGCAAACCAUCUGCUGCAAUAAACUUCAUCUCCUCCUGAAAAUUAAAAUCGAGAUUACAAUUAUAUACGGCAAGUGAAC